UUCUCCUGCUGUCUUUGCCCAAACUCUAUUUCCUGCAAUGGCUGUCAUAUAAAAAUUUAUAUCAUCUAACAAUUUUUUGCUAGUGUUUCUCGGGGCAACAAAAAAAGAACUAGUGCGAAAAAAACUAGACCGUGCAUACACACACUGACACGAGUGACAGAGUGGAGCAGGAUGAUUGGUACCGUGACGAUACACAAGUACAAGGCCUACUGCUUUGUGGUUGCCGGUGUCACGCACAAGUUCCGCGCACAUUACGAACCAAAGCAGUGAAUUUCGGGCGGGCUGUGACAAACCCGCACGCCAAAAUCCAGUGGACUUAGUUCUUCAAGUGACAUCCUCCUGAGUGAGGAAAGUGCCCUAACCUGGGCCAAUUCGGAACGAUCGGUAGGAUUAGUAGCACACUCACACACGAACGAACAAGAGAAGAGGAAAAAAACGAAUGAAACCAUACAAAAUUAUAUUAUUUUUUUCGUAAGUGGCACCACUAGCCAUGGCCUACUGCUGCUAGACCAAGACCUAGGCAAACGGCGGGCAGUUGUUGCACUUUUUCGUUCAUUCGUUUCGUUUCGUUCGCUUGCUUUGUUGUUGCUGCAGUUGUACUUGCACAAACUGCAAUUGCACUCGGUCGCGCGUAUAGUUCGGGGUUGUGCGGAGCUGCAGCAGCCAACACUAAAACAGUUGUGGUGAAGUUUUCGAAACGCCGAGAAGUGAAAAACAGAGUGGUGCGGUUCGUUCGCGCGAGUUUUUUUCCCGUUCCGUUUAUCAAUAUGUGCCUUUUCUUUCGUAUCUGUUUUGGUUGCCCCUUUCGUGGUGGAACCCGUUCGUGACGGACGACGACGCGGCAGGUUUCGUGAAAUUCGAUCGGAACGGGAAGCCCUGUGUGUGCGCGGUGAAACAGUUAGUGGUGGUGGUGGUGGUGGUGGGUGGCUGCUAGUGAAAACAUCGUUCCGUGACACGCGCCUCCGAUCGUUAACCAAGAGUGUUCCGAAGUGUGGUGAAUAUCCCUUACAGUGUCUCCCUUCCUCAGAUAGCCCGCCCCCUCCCCAUGCAACAACACACACACACAUACAGAAGUGAGACAGCGUUCGGAAGUGUGCGUGCGAAUUAAACCGUAGACUACUAGAUCAACGCGCUGUGAUGAUCCCCCGGUUGGUCGUCGGUGCGUACGUGGUGAAACCGACGAAAAAAACAACAAACUACAACACAAUUCAACUCAGCAGUCCUUGAGAAUUCCUCACCGAAACACAUCGUUUCAACAUGCAACAAAUAACAUUCCAGCCCAGUAGGCUAGUUUCGAAGAUUACCAACGGCGAAGUUUUCAACCUAGAACCAACUGAAAGUGUGCUGUGAAUAAAAUAAAACCAACAACAAAAUUAAUAAUAAGUGAAAAAGUGUCAACUCGUGCGGCCCCGAAAUAGCCUCACGCAAUAGAAAAUAUAAAAAAAAUCACCACCAACAUAACAGAAAAAGGACCGGAGAAGGAUCCAAACAUCUCCGCGAGUGAAUGGUCAUACUCUCGGAACCAUUGCAACGGGACUACAACAGACUAUUUGCUCGUUCAUCUGGCCCCAAAUGGUCCUCACCCCGGUGGCGGCGGCGGCUGCGACAAACGAAACAUACAUCACUUGUUGCUUUCCUAAAUCGAAAUAAGAAAUAGAAGUGUAGCUGCGGAAUCAGCGAAGAACCAACGACAACGACGUAAGGAAGAGGAAGAGAAAAAGAGAGAGAGAGCCAAGCACCAGUUUGUGACUCGAAAUAGUGCGCCAACAGACAGUGACGGAGUUUGUGGACCAAACAACAUGGCGGACUGCUCGUACGCGCGGUGCGUCCAGGAACGACGCUACAUUCGCCGCGAGCUGGCCAAGUGGACCAAGAACAUGGUGCAUAUCGUCGGACUGGAACGCGUAGCUGAAGAAUUGAUGGGACGCAGGAAAUGGAAACAUUAUCAGGACGUCUUAACGCGCCAACAGUUGAACCUACUGGAUCCGAGCACAAACGCGGCCGUGGACGACGACGAUCUGCUGAACAGUGCAGCAGCGACCGUGGCCAGCAGUGUUGCCAGCAACGCGGUCCCACUCACCCCCGCACUGGUGGCGGCAGCGGUAGGCGGAAAUAUCCUGGAACAAAAGGGUGCCGCCACGAUUGUACGCAACGGACACUAUCAGCAAGACGGCGAACUAGAAUCAAAACUAGCAGCAUCCAACAAUCAACAAGUAGCAGUAGUAGUAGCAGCAGCAGCAACAGACAAACAGGCAGAUCUCCAUUCACCUGCGGAAGCUGCUGCGACUAAGAAGAAUCAUUUCAAUCAGAACGACACGAGACCGACGGCAGCGGGAACAACUCCUCCUCCUCACCAGCCAGCGACGUCCGCUCUAGUGGGGACGGCAGUAACGCUUCUCAACAACAACAAUAACAACAACAACCAUCACCACCCUCACCACCGUCAUUCCCAGCUGGUGGAAGCGAAAAAAGACAGAUCCAAUUCCAGUCUCAACCAGGACCAGGAGGAAGAGGAAGAGGAGGACGAAGAGCAGACGGCAGGUGAAGUCCGUCGUCUUUUGAGCGCGACGACGAGCGACAAGAUCGUGAAUUCCGUUUCCUCACCGGCGCUGUCCUCUUCGUCAUCGUCGUCGUCGGCGGCUUCGUCCUCGUCGGCAACGACGGCCACGGCCACGACGACGGCACUGCUAUCACCCUCCACCGUCGAUCUCGAGGACCGGAAGCAGCUAGUCGGCAAACUAGCAAUCAAACUGGAACCAACAGCAGAUAAUCAAAACAAUUCAUCAGCCACACCGGAGCAGGAUAAACUACUUAGGCAGGACAAUUGUAACAAUCUACUGAACAGUAAAAUCAUCAUCAACAAAAACAACAACAACAACAACAGCAACAGUGCAACCAACAACAACAACAAUAAUAAUAUUUCAAGUGGAAACCUCGGCACCAGUCCGGUUGUCCCAGCAACGAGACCGGAUGGAGCAUUGGAAUGCGCAGAAGGUGGACCCGGUGGUACGAACCGGGGGCAACAAUCGCAGCCACCGACGCCGGUAGACUGGAAGCCGCAGGACAAGUGCUACUUCUGCGUCGACGGUAAGCUGCUUACGGUGAACGAAGCAGGCGAGCUGGUGCCCGAAUCCGGCGUGGGGCCUAGUGUCCUACCGAAAUCGGACCUGGACCUCAGUCACGGGGGCCUCAACGACAGUGACAGCGAUUCGAGUGACAGCAGUGAACCGGAUCUCCGUGCCGUCGUGGGACGACCGGGCUCUGCCUCGACGAAAUCGCUGGCCGCCCUGUUGCGUAACGCUAGCGGGGUACCCCCGACGAUGACAUCGCUGCAAUCGAUGGCGGCCCAGUUUGCGGCCGUGGCGUCGCUACAGGGAAUUCAACCGGGUCUGGCGCAGCUUUACAACCCUCUGUGGUACUCCCAGCUGCAACAGCAGAUGUCACCCUCUGGCAGCACGGAAACGACCACCGUCGGGGGCAGUCCGGCCGCGAAGGGAGAGGGAGUCGUACUUGGACUCGGCGGUGAACAGCCGCUAGAUCUGAGUGCCAAACCGGGUACUUCCGGUCUCAAUGCUGGGCUCAUGAUGAGCAUGAUGGAUCCGAAGCAUAUCUACAAGGCAAAACCACGCCUCUCCCCGAUCGGAGGCCGCAGGACGUACACCGAGGACGAGCUGCAGAGCGCCCUACAGGACAUACUGAACGGUAAGCUGGGCACCCGUCGAGCUGCAGUUCAGUACGGAAUCCCCCGAUCUACGCUGCGCAACAAAGUCUACAAGCUGGCGAUGGAACACAAGCGGGAAAUGUUGCACAACAUGUCCCUGGCCGCCCUGGUGGACGACGACGACGAUAAGGAUUCGCUGGAAGACGACGGUAAGGAGGACUCCUACCACAUAAAGCUGAAUCAGCAGGCUAUUGCCGAGGCGUAUCUGCGGAUGUACCGGGGCAGCAGCAGUACACCGAAACCGGAACCGAGUUCGAACCCAUCGACACCACCGCAGCAGCAGCGAACACCGGAACCGCCGCUGCUGAAACCGAUACAGUCGCAAACACCUCAACCGACGGUACCACCUCAAUCAUCGCCCCUCGCGGCUGCCGCCAACAGUUUGAUCGAUCCCAAUCUGCUGCUACAGUUGCAGAGCCUACUGUUGGCAGGAGGCAUCCCGGGAUUAACCAACACGGUCACGCAAUCCAAAAGUCCGGAGGAAGCUGCAGCCGCCCAAGUGGCACUAGCUGCAUUGCCCGAACUACUGAAGAAGGUAAUCCAGCAGCAAGAGCUGAUCGCAGAACAGAUCAAAAAGGCAACCACCAGCGAACCGAGGCCCAGUGCGAGUACUCCAACCUUAAACAACGGUCAACCAUUCGAUCCCAGGCUAUUACCCUACCUGCAGGCCCAACAGCAGAACAAACCUCGAACCGCAUCCGGCACCCCGGAGACAACCUCCUCCCUGGACCUGAACGAUGGAGGCAGUGAUGACUCCCAAGUUAUACUGAAAAUCCCCUCUUACAAACCAGUUCCGGGCAGUACUCCAACAAUGCCAACGACGGCCGCCGCUCUUCUUGCGGUCGGUAAAAAUGGCGACCAUCACAGUCUUUCAACACCAUCACCACCCACCUCCGCUACAACGGUACGUGACCUUAGUAGCUUGGUAAGUGGAGGCCUUGGAGCACCAGGGCCUAGUGUUAACAGCAACAGCUCAAGGUCAGUACACACAACUAGUCCCCAGCAGCCUCAACAGCAAGCACAACCUGCCCAACCCACGAACCACAUGUCCGUCAUAUCACCCCCGGUGGGAAUCAGGCCCCGAAGCAACUCGCAGUCUCCUCCCAACCUUCUAGGCAGCAAAUCGAUGCUGUCAAUCAAUGACGUGAUCGCGCGAAGUAUCAGCAAAAACUUCCAACAGCAUCAUCAAUCGGAUCUGCUCAAGCAGCAAAUGGAAUCGAUGGAACAGUACAAGCGGCCAACCAUAUCGGUCAUCAAGAAUCUGGGUGGAACGGACAUUUCCCGCUUCGGAAGUAAUCCGAAUAUCACCCAAUUAACGGCUGCCCAGCUGGCCAAUACUGGCACCGGUGGCAAGGGGACCAGACCGAAGCGUGGGAAGUACAGGAACUACGACCGGGAUAGCCUGGUGGAAGCGGUCAAGGCUGUGCAACGUGGUGAAAUGUCGGUGCAUCGAGCUGGAAGCUAUUACGGUGUGCCCCAUUCGACGCUGGAGUACAAAGUGAAGGAACGCCAUCUAAUGCGGCCACGAAAGCGGGAACCGAAACCCCAACCCGGUUUGGAUGGGCUCAAGUCCGAUUUGGGAGCGAGUGGUAGUUCCGUCAUGAGAAACAUGGAUAAGAGUAAAAAUUUAGGACUAGGUUCCGGUUCGAAGUCACAGCAACUGAAGAAUCAGUAUCCUAGUGCAUCGCCCAAUGGUGGUUUGAAGAUGCCGAUGUUCGAUCCCGCGAUGGCUUCUCAACUGUCUUAUUCGUCGCCAUUCCUGUGGCAACACCCGGUUGCAGGCUUCUCCGGACUCCCGAUGGAUUUUGCUCGACAAUCAGCUGGGUCCAGCGCCGGAUCGAGUGGUACUUCCGGUGAUAACAUCUUCGCGUCGCCCAUGAUGCAAAGGUUUCAGGAUCAACAAAGUAACAAAGUCCCCACCAUCAGCAGUAACAGUGGCGGAACCGGUACACCGAAAACCGCACGUGAACUAGCCGAAAGUAUAUACGACGGAACCAGUACAAACGGUUCGCUACUGGAUGACAUCAUACGACAUAGUCUGGACAAGAAACCGGGCGAGAUGCCUCACGGAGCCCUGUUCGAUCAGCUGAUGAAAACCAAUAACCUCCGAACGUCGACCAGCAGCUCGGACGAUCCGUCUGCAGCCCUUCUUGCCAGGGUCGGUGCUAAGCGCAGUGCCACCAGUCCGCUCAACUACCUUUCGGAAAGCAUCAAACGAGAGCGCGCUAGUCCCGGUGCAUCGUCCACCUCAUCGACGGGCAGCAGUAAGCCGAUGUCCCUUCCAGCGGGUCUCGGAUCCGUCAGCUUUAACGACCAUCACCACCAGCAACAACACCACCAACAACAGCAACACCACCACCAGCAGCAACAGCAGCGACACUUGAAUACCUCUACCGAUAGCAUGCUUGAAAGCCACCGCGCGGAACUGCUGGCCAAAGGAAACCUAGCGGUCGAGAACCUGAUCAAACUACGUGAGGAUCUCACAUCGAUGUCCGUGGCGCACCAUCACAAGAGGACACCGAUGGAAGAUCAACACAAUGGCGCCGGUUUGCUGCCCGAUGGUGGAGGAUCACAGCAACCAGGACGCAGCAGCAGCCGGAACGAACCGGCUAGUGCGGAACAUCAGAUUCUAUCGCACCGGCUCGCUACCAGCAAACUGCCGACGGCCGCCGACGAUAGCUCAUAGAAGCGGCUGCCACUGGAGGCACUGCUGCUGUGGCGCUCGCGUACGUUUCUAGGUUAGAAUGUGACGACGACAGGUGCCCCCCCCCCUUCCCCCAGCCCGUCAACGGGAAUGUAGGGUGGAAAUGUAGUUCAAAUAUUAUUAUCAUAGUUAAAAGAGAUAACGCAUUGGGCAAGUGUUAACAAUUUUUAUUCACGCAAGUCUUUUAAGAAAAACAAAAAAACGGAGAAUCAAAACUAACACAAGAUGAUGAUGAUGAUGAUGAUUUAAAGGAAGGAAAAUCGCGGAUAACGUACAGUGGAGUGAUAAAAAACAUUUUUUCUUAAGACGGAAGUUUUUUGACAAUCGACAAAUAGGCUCUUGUAAAAAUCUGGAAACCCCUCCUCCUAACACAAGUAGAAACCGCCUAAGCUGAAACAAAUCCAACAAACAAAAGAAAACAAAAACAGAAAAUCGCAUUUUUUGGACUGUCCCACAUCCCAAUUCCCAAAGAAUAACGUGUUUAAAAACAGAAGAAGCAGCUAGUAAGAGAUAGAUCAGAAAGUCUGAUUUUUAUAAUAUACCGUGUGAUGAUGAUUUUUGUGAGACAGUACUCGCACUGAGCGAAACCAGAUUUUUUAUAGUUUUACAGGGAACAACAACAGGAACAGUCAAAACAUCAAGUUUUUGAGCAGGACAACUUUCGGGACGAUUUCCCAAUCCCCAACCCAACUUUCCAAUGACGUGAUAAGCGAGAGGGUUUGAAUAAUUUUGCGUGUGACAGAGGAAGGGAGAUUCAAUCCGGGCUGCCAGUGACAGCCUGCUUCCCUUUCGAACGGUAUUAAUUUUUUUGUUGCGCUCGGAUUUGACGAUUAAUAAUUUGCUGCCAACAAAAGAAAUCAGCGGGAAAAAUUGAAAUAAAAAUUGUUUCCCGUUGCGUGGAAGAAAAAAAGGUUAAUUAAUCUGCAUUUGUCAUAUCGGUGGCCGGCAGUGGCAGCAGCAUCAGCGGUGAUCAAAUAUCAAACGUGGGGGCUAAAAUAUGACUGGCAGUGACAGUCAGUUACGGUCCGGUCAUGUGGUCGGUCAUGGCAGCACUUUUCGCGAAUGGUGAGAUAGGGGGUUUGAUUUUUGUAUCAAUUUUAAGUUGAAAAUUGAUCGAUCGAGCUAUUUCAGUUAAUUAUUGUUUAUGAAGUAGUUGAGGGCGAAAUUUUUCACCACAAAUCGUGGCUCCCUAAAAUUACAAGUACUUUACAAGAAAAUUUUAACCCUCAAUAACUCCUACUGUAUUGAACGGAAUAGCCUGUUAUUGCGUUACUUUUUCGAAUAUAGAAUGGCGCAUUUGAGCAUUCAUUGCUGUGGAAGAGCUCUUUGAAUUUGGUGAAAAAAAAUUAGAAAAUCUACUGUGUUUUGGUUUUAUACUAGGAUUUUGCGCCAAAAUGAGAAUGGUAUCCAACUCCGAUGGGCCUUUUCUCAUUGGUCUCUGUGUAGACUUUAAAUUGUGAUGGAUAAAUGUCACGAAGCAUGUUUGUGCAGUGAACGAUGCAUAUUCGACCAAUAAUUCCAUUACUUUCUUUAAUUUCUAACGCCUGAAAAUAGUAUAAGAUACUUAUCAAGUGACCAAAUAACCACUUACUUGCCUACAAUUUAACGAUUAUGCUAGGUAGCGACACUUUUAUCUUCAGUUUCUUUCAAAUACAUUUCAAUUUUUAUAAGUUGGUGUCUCAUUUUGCUGCGACUCAGAGGAUGAGCUGGUGGUCUCCGAUUCAGAGGUAUAGCUCCGCCAAUCUGUCAAUAACAUACAGUAAUGAUUUCUCAAUAAUAUCUAUUUCAAACUCGUUUUAAAAACGGUUUUCACUAUAUUUGAACGGUUUCCGCAUGUUUCGGAGAAUAUUAGAACAAUCAAUCCGUAGUUUGCUGUUUCCAUGAAUAUCGACCAAUUCUGUGGACUGGAAAAUAAAAUAAUCAAUUUAGUAUGCAUGGAGCUACUUACCAGAUGAACGAAUAACACCUUGCGUGUCUAUAGCCUACAAUAUGGCGAUGAUGCUGGGUAACGAAACUUUUAUCUUCUGAGUAUCUUUCAAACGAAUUUCAAUUUUUAUAAGGUGCUGCAGCUCAGAGGAUCUGUUGAUCUUUGCUUCAGUAGAGUAGACUUCACGCAUAGCUUCGCCAUUCUGUCAGUAACAUACAGUAAUGAUUUCUCAAUAACGACUAUUUCCAACUCGUAUCGAAGAUGGUUUCCACUAUAUUUGAACCAUUGUCAAUCCGUAGUUGUCUGUUUUCAUGAUUUUUUUUCCAGUUUGACCAUUUUUGUGAUCUGAAAAAAGGAACAAUGUAUUAAAUAUGAAAGACGCUACUUAUCAAGCGAACGAAGAUUCGCCUACAGCCUACACGACUAAACUGAAAGUCGACAUCCCUUUCUUCUUAAAUUACUUUCAAAUGCAUUUCAUUUUUUUAAAUGACUCAGCGCUUCCAUGAUCUGCUGCAGUGCGAUUUCUUUUCAAGACUCCAUUUUUUAAGAAUAUGAAGUACUCCAAUAUGAAUUAUGAAACAGGAAACUGGUGUCGUGUAGUUAACCUUAUUACUGGCUCGAUUCCAUCAAUUCUGAAAUGACAUGAAUAUUCGGUUAGAUUGAGAAUUAAGGAAAUGGAUUUAGUGGUUCUCUUGUUGCGUUGCAAGAUUAACUUAAAUCUUUUACGUUCGCUAAAUCGUUCUGAACUUCAAUCUAAACCGUGUUGAAGAGUUGAAACAAAAUUUUGGACAUUUACUGCAAUUGUGUUUGAACCUAUAUUUGGGGAAGCAAUUGCAUUUGCAAACAGUUUCACCAAAAAUAGUUGAUUUUCAUCGAAGCAAGCCAGGAAUAGUUCUGCAACAGGCUGUUAAGGAUUUGUCGUAAAUGUGCGUUUUGGGAUUGAAAAAUGUCGACUAUGUCUUCAUUGAUAGUUAAAUGACCUCGUAGCUUUACGACUGUACUUGACUUUACAAAAUUCCACAAUUAGGGAGAAAUUAGCCGGAAAUCAUUGAUUUUGAUAUAUAUUUUGAGCAUCUCGAGGCGGUCCCACAAUAUGUUGGUCAUAAACACAGAUUUCAAUGUGGUAUCCCUGCCGAGAAUAACCAACAUCCUCAACUCUAAGGUUAUUAAAGAUUCAUCAAAUUAUUCAACUAAAUUUGGAAUUACGUAACAACGCUGUACUUUAAAACAUAGUGCCACUAUGGAACCAAUCCCUAGCAGUAGUCAACCUUGCGAUCUCUCUGUUUCAUAUACCAACAUCCAUAGUAGGCACCGGUAAUGACUUCGAAUUAAGGUGUACAUGGCACAGUCACAGUAGGCAGCGACCGUGCGGAAUAGCAAGAAGAAAAAACGAAUCGAUCAAACACGCAAUUAUCCAAACCCUCAAUUAUUUAUUCGCACUGCUCAGACCGAAGAAAAAAUCCACCCUCAUAAUUUAAUUACCUUCAUCCACCCCGGUCCCUAAUUGCCAGCCAACCAGUAAUACUACUGUCCCCCUUUCGCGGAUGAUCCCACUGAUUCCCAAUCGCCGAAGACUUUAACCACCCCGCCAAAUGGCGGCGGACAUGUUUGACAAACAGAAACUUUUUAUGUAAAUGUAUAUUACGCGCGGUGAAAUUAUGGAUACUAAGGGAAGCAAACUUGUUUGGAUGUCAAAAAAAAACAGAAUCGAAACUAAACUAGUCAGAAAUUUUGCACAUUUUGUAAACAAAAUUCAAUGUCGUGGCUAAAGAGAAACCAAAAUCUACAAAAAAAAAUAUUUGUCAUUAAGUAAAACAAAAGUGUAUCGAUUUACGGAAGUCAUAUUUGGUGUUCAAAAUUCUAUCCAGAAAAUAACAAAAAACUCUAUCGAUAUAUCAUGCUGCGGGAGGCAGUAUCCAAAAAUAAAUAGAAGCGAAAAACGUAAAUUAUUGUUUACCUUUGACAACAAAAAAUAUAGACAAGGCGAGGAGUAAAGUUAUAAACUUUUAAAGGCAGAAAAUUAAAAUCAAAGUAAUCUAUGUUUCGACGUUUUUAUCUUUAACGAAAUUAACAUUAAAAAGCAUCCACCAAAAAGUAUUUGUGUACUACGUGAAAUAUCAAAAUUUAAGGGUAAACAAAAUAUCAAAAAGCGUAAACUCGAUGUUUUAACUAACGUGACAAAAAACAGAUGUAGCCCAGGCAGACACAAAGCUAAGGCGUGUGAGUAAAGUAUAAAAAUUCAAUGUUUCGCGUCUCAGUAUCAUUAAUCCUCACAAUUUAUUAUAAUUAUCAGCGAAAAUCGCAAGAAGCGCAAGGAGAAAGCGGUACUCGCUUUCCUCUUUCUCGCUAAAAAAACAAACAAAACGCAAGAAAACAGUACCACUCACUCCUAAGAAGAAAAAAACCAAAAUCCACUAAAAAGAAAAUACGCAAACCUCACCACACUUCCGUUUUUCCGAAAGUUGAGGAAACACGCAAAAACCUAACAGUGUAGCAGGAAGAAGUUAAAACAGCUGAAAAUAUAUUAUAUAUGUGUGUGUCUUCACGUCGCGUAUACCUCAAAAAAGAAAACAAGAAGAAAAAACAAAAAUAUUGAUAGCAAAACAACAAGUAAUUUAAAACAUCAUCCCGUUCGAAGAACAUUUUCUUCUCGCGAUUUUGAAACGAUUUCCGUUCUAAUCCUUCUCUCCCAGGUUCUUAUUUGCGAACAUAUUUUUUGUUUUUCGUUCCAAACUUAUUACCACUUCAAGAUUAAGCGAAAAUAAAAAAAAAACACAGAGAUGACAAGACAGAAAAAAAUCAACGGAGAAAAUUUUAUAUGAAGGUAAAAUUAUACAGAAUAUAUUAUAAUUAUUGAAAAGUAUAUUUAUACACUAUCUGUGAUUGAUAAUCCAAAAUUUUGAUGUAUAUUUUUCUCUAAAACAAGAACAAGAAAAAAAAACUCAACUAAGGAGAGAAAAAAAUCAAAAGGCAACACUGUUUAGCGAAUGACGUUUCAAGGGAUGCAGAAAAAAAAUUAACCGCUAGAGUAACUAAACAUCUUUCGGUCGAAUAGUUUCCUUCUAGAAAAAUCAAACAAACGAACGUGGUUCAAUUAUUUUUCUUUCGGAAAACGUGAAACUACUCACACAUGCACACACGCACCCCGAUGAACGAACACACAGAGACACACCCCCGCUCGGUUCGAGCAGUUUUCAAGAACAGUGCACGGGUGUGUUGCUGUUGUUGUUUGUUGAUGUUGGCGGUGGUGUGCAUUAGGAUAGAGCAGCACCAAACACAGACACCAUCCACAGCGUUUGGUUAAUUUUUUUUAAUACGUUUUCUAGUUUAGGUUAGGGUUUCGUUUCUUGGCAAACGGGAGGAGAGCCAUUCCGGGAACUACAUUACUUCUUGUGUUACGGCAGCAAAAUAUACCGAAGGGAGAUACCGAUUUGUUUCUGUUAGGAAAAAAGGAGUAAUUUAAUAUUAAAAAUAAUAAAAAAGUGCAAUUAGAACGAUAUAAACCGUAACAUAUUCGUUAUUUAUAUUAAAGUGAGGAAGGAAAAAAUGAUGAAGAAACGUGAAAAAUAAAUUAAAAUAUAUAGGGAAAAUUAUUUAAUUCUAUAUUUACAACAAAAAAAAAACAACAAAAGGAAAACUUAAGUGAGGCAAGAAAAAGUCUUAUUAAAAUGAAAUUGUAAAAAAACUGAAAAAUUACUAGAGCAGUUUUUGUAUAGGUAACAAAUCAAAUAAAGAAACUUACAAAAAGUGACAGCUUGAAGAUGAAGAAGAAGAAAAACAUUGACAAGAUACGAUGAAAUCAGAACGUUUGAACAGCAUUGAAACGGUUCAAUCAAUAACAACAGCAAAAAUCUGGGUAUGUGUUUCAAACAGCAAGUAAUCUAAAAAAAAAACAGUUACAAAUAUUGGAGAGACAUAAGAUUGAUUACGUCAUAACAAAAUACCAUCAAAGUUCGGUUCUAUGAAGAAGAGAUAAUUCCUACCAGUUGAAAACAAAAACAAACACUUGAACGCCCCUCUACGCCCUUCCCUUUCAAUCAAAAACUUUUUCCGAACGAACGUGAAAUAUAUCUAUCUCUUUCUACCUUUACGUAAGUCUUUCGUUGCGCAUACAAUUUUAUAAGUAAAAAUGAGAAUCAAAAUCAACAAGUUCGGAAAUCGAACCGAAAUCAUACCAAUAGCUAGUGCAAUCUUUUUUAUAUACAGCUAAUAUUUCCAUAAACUUUGUUUUUUUUUUAAACUAACUAUUAGUCAAGGGAAAACGCGAGAAAUUAAUCGAAUUCUGAAACAUUUGGCACAUGUAUUUUCUUUCCCGCAGCGACAUAUCAAAAAGCGACAACACCCUGUUUACUAUUUUAUUAGUUUAUUUUUUUUUUGGUUUGGGUAUUUUCCCAAACAAAUACCAAACGAAUUCAAACGCAUUAGGAAUUAUGAGAUCCAAUAAAUGGAAGAACACAUGACACCAGCAACAUCAAUGUUCGAGGAAAAAAUAAUCAAUAAACACAACAAUAGGAAGACGGAAAAACAGCAACAUCUCUUGUUGAAAGGUUUCUUUUUCGUUAAAUAUCAAAAUACUGCUACUACAUUUACGGUGCGGGCUAAACGUUUGAAUACAUUUGAGAGAGGGAGAAGUAAAAAAAAACGAUUUGGUUACGAGAACAGCUUACCUUACUUACUAAUUUUGGUGAGUACAACAGUUUUAACAUGUUCAAAGAACAAAAAUUCAAAAAUGUCUAAUAACGACCUUCUGUUUCAAUAUUUACCGAGUUUGAACCAUCUCUUAUAAGAAUUAGGAAUCCCUUUCAAGGGACAUCUUUGUUGGCUAAUUUGUUCGUUUAUAGUAGAUCUGCAAAUUGCUUGCCAGAUCAGAAAUUAUGGAAAUGUGGUUGGGAACAGCGAUCAUGAAGGCAAAGCUGGAAUAUCCAAAAUGAUGCAUCUCUCCCCUAGCCGCCCGUGCCAGGACAGGCGUUAAUUAGAGCCGCUCCCAACAUGGAAACCAAACACUCUUCGGUUUUCUCCUUCCCAGUCAGUGUACGAGCACAGAUUCCACCGGGGUUGGGUAGCUGAUAUUCACUAAAGCGAAUCGUACCUCAGCUGGCACAUCGCGGGCAGAUGGAGAUAGGAGUUCUGUUUCGAAGGUUAAAAACAACAUGAAGGGAUCUUCAUCAUUCGAAAAAAAAAAAAAUUCAGAAUUUUCAGACGGAAACUCAAAAAAUCCAGAAAAUCCCUUGGUCGAAAAAUUUUGGGUGUAAACAUCUAUAUGCCACGAUGAAAGCUAGAUCAUUUGUUGAAGCCUAACUUGUUUGCUGAUUUGCUCGUUUUAGCGAAACCGAUUAUCAUUCCACCUCAUCCACAAUUUGCUGGCCAGAUCAAAAUUUUUCCAUUCAUUCAAUGGAUGUGGUCUGAAACAGCGAUCUUGAAAGGGAAUAUUUGAAGAGACUUUCAUCGUGCAUCGCAAUGCAAAUACCAUUCGGUAAGCAGAUGCACUACUAGAUUACUCGUUUCACCACAUCUACAAAUUGCUUGCCAUGGUAGAAAUUGUUUGGCGCAUUUACCUUUUCUAAGGUGCUUUAACAUUGAAAGAAGAAGUAAUCUAUCGGAAGCCAGCCCAAAUGAAGAUUGCUAACUUCACCGAUGACACCAGUUUCCUUGGUCACAGAAGAUCCUCCGUGCAUCUCUACCUACGCCGAUUUUUUCACAGAUUCCAAUGACUAAAAAUAUGUCCGCGGAAAUCUUUCUUCGCGUGGCGUUAUUUACCACAGACAUAGUUAUUUCUGUUUUGUUUCUUAAAUUUACAACAAGUUCCACUCAUCAUUGAGUAUCCGACUCGUACGAUAGUUGUUUUCCGGAUAGAUGCUGAAAAGAGAUUCUAAAUCGCCAGUAGAUGGGUAACAAUACUUUCUUGCUUCAAUAGAAAACAAGCUUCCAUAUCACCGUUUGCUUCCGAGCUAACUUCAUAUCGAUCGUAUCGGCAAGUGCCAUCCACUUCUGCUUGACUGCAGUCUUCUUCCGGAUACAUCCCAGGUCCAACACCAAACUCGUCAACCGAAGUGUCACCCAAUGGUCCAUUUGUUGGAGCUGACACCAAUCCUGACACAAUACCUCACACUAAAUUUCCACGUAUUGUCACAUCCCGAGGAUUGUCGGAUUUCGUGAACUUCAGCACUACAACUAUAAAGCUUUACAGCAGACAUCCACAGGGUUGAGUAUCCGACUCGUACGACAGUUGUUUUCCGGAUAGAUGCUGAAAAAGAUUGUAAAUCGCCAGAAGAUGGGUAACAAUACUCCCUUGCUUCAAUAGAAAACAAGCUUCCAUAUCACCGUUUGCUUCCGAGCUAACUUCAUAUCGAUCGUAUCGGCAAGUGCCAUCCACUUCUGCUUGACUGCAGUCUUCUUCCGGAUACAUCCCAGGUCCAACACCAAACUCAUCAACCGAAGCGUCACCCAAUGGUUCAUUUGUUGGAGCUGACACCCAUCCUGACACAAUACCUCACACUAAAUUUCCACGUAUUGUCACAUCCCGAGGACUGUCGGAUUUCGUGAACUGCAGCACUACAACUAUAAAGCUUUACAGCAGACAUCCACAGGGUUGUUGUGUCCGUAUAGUGUACGAUGAUUCAGUAGUCGCAGGAACUCCACGCGUCGAAUCUGCUGAUUCGAAUGCUGUGAUACGGUAGCAAUAUUGGAACUACGUACUCAAGGAUACUGCGGACGAUGGAGAGUAGGCAGUACACAUCAUCGAACGAUUGAGUGAUACGAUGAAUGAAACCCAACAUUGAGAAUGCCUUUGUGGUGGCUAGGGAUAAAACUUCAGCUUAGUAUCGACGUUGUAUACCGAGGUUUUUCAAGACAGUCGAUUUUGUUGACGUCGUUGGAACGAAUAGGAAUCUUCCAAAUUCUACUUUUGACAAAAAUGAAUUUAUUUGAAACGCUUAACGCGGUUUGUUAACGGAACUCAGAAAUCUUAAGUAGCUUGCAGAGGACGUUGAUGAAUAACCCGAACAUCAGUGGGCAUAAAUGACUGCCUCGUAGCACACCCGGCAUCGUAAUAUGUGGAUAUCCUAUCAUAUCGUAACGUUAGUUUGUCAGGUUGGUGCUAGUAUUGAUGUUCGGGCUUCUCAUGUAUCAAGGGCAACCCCAGGCCCAGUCUCCACAGCUGAAUAAGAGUAUUUUUGGCAAAGGCACAAUUACUGGCAGAGAUCUUUUCGAGGUGUUAGUGUGAUUUUAGAAAGUUUCGACACUGUUCGCAUCCGCAGGGGUGCUUGGAAGAAUCUUGGAAGCUAGCCGAGUGGAUCCGUUGUACAGUGGAGCAAUGAUACUUAUAAUAUUAGCAAACGAAAAUCCCAUGGCACUCACAAGAAUGGUGUAGUGAUAGCGAAAUGUGAAGCCAAUCUUCCUCAUGUGUUAAUUCAUUGUGAUCCGCCGUAAGUUACAUUACAGGGAACAUUUCACAAACUCAGGAAAGCGACCUCUACUAUCCUAUAAUUUAUGUAUAUGUAUACUAUAGUCAAGACAAUGGAAUUCAUUGAACGCAAACCACUCCAGCAAUGUACGAAACUCAGAUCGCAACAGGUCAGAUUCGCCGAACAUGACUAGAGUCUCCCCGGACUUAGGAAUCAUGGCCAUGUGUGGAGGCACAUCGAAGAAACGCAAACUACUCAAAUUCAUCAAUUUGAAAAUGUUCGUUUUCAACACCAACGCCUAACCACACCCGAUUUAUUGCUGUUGGUACGUGCUAGGAGUAGGAUUUCUGUACGCUGCAUUAUCACCACUGAUCCAACGAGUGAAAAUACAUUUUGAACCAAUUCAACGAUGUUGUACUUCUCACAAUCAGUUUGCUUUGAUUAGCUUAACUCGCUCAAAAUGGUCAGUAAUAAUACCGGGCACGGCCAAGGCCGUUCUACGAGCAAAGUGAAGGAAUGUUAGUCCGACACUUGUUUAUGCUAUAGACCGUAUUGCUUGGUCAUAGAUAUUGCUUUAUAUGCAAACUCACCCGGGUUUGUGAAUAUGAAAAAAAUUAAUCGACUAUAAAAAGAUAGAAACUAAAGUAUAAAAAACAUUUAUUGGAGUUAAAAUACACCUAAACCGUAGCUUUCACUAUUUUGCGAUGAAAUCAAUCCCAUUGGAUUCAUAAGACUUUUUCAAAUAAUUAUCACUUAAUUUGGGUCAAUGUCUUCAACUAACUUAGAAGUUAUUGAAUAUUAAAGGAUUUUUAGCUUUUCCCCCAUAAUUUCCGACGUUUCUACCCAUUUUGGUCCUUUUCCAAGGUCUCAUUCGAAAAGUAGCGUUGAUUGAAGUCGUAAUAAUUCAUAUUAAUAUUUUUUUAAUUUUGAUUGAAGCAGAAAUUUUUUUGUGGAAGUAGUUAUCCCAUAAUACGUUAACCGAGUCGUUCCGUUGCAGUGCGGCGCAAGAAUAUUCACAUCUCGUUCAUGUCAGGGUUGCCAGUUUUCAUUCCAAUUCAUAUUGAUGAACACACCAUCAAUGUUUUAGACGGUGCUCCUAUUCCAGGUUGAAUACAGGGCAUUGGUGGUUCGAGUAAGGCGCUAUCUGGUCUCACAGUCUUGUUUGGGAAUUCGGAAAGGUCGGUUCGAAGACGGCGGUGCAGCUUGGUACCGAGAAUCUUUAACUCUCGGCGGAAAGAUAUUCGUGCGAGACCGAAAUUGACCGAUCUGCUAGAUCGCCGAUUCGCACCAGGAAAAUAUUCACCUGGCGGAAAACCCCCUCACGAACGACUACUAGACGAUUUCAUCUGAGAUGGACUCCGGCAUCCCCAACCUUCGCAGAACCCGAAUUAGCGCAGGUCAAAAUGAAAGUUUUCUGCGAUUUUACUAGGGCGGUUAUGAGAGCCAUCGUUAAUUCAUGAUCUCCUGUCCGUAGUCCAGUGGGAAGGAUACCUGAGAUCUUUCGGGUCUUCUUAUACUAAGAAAGUCCGUAAGAGGGUCGCGUCGGAGCUUCAAAUUUGCUGAAUACAGCAGAGAUUUUCCGAGGUUCGACUGUAGUGAUUCCAUUGGCCGCUCCGAAACUCGGCGGUCGAAUCAACAAGAGAUAUUGAAGAAACGCGUACCAGCUUUUGGCGCUCGAAGCUUCAUCGGAUUUCUCGUAAAUUGCGAUACUCCGUGUGGCUUUGCACAUUAAUGAGGUGACCAACGGGGUCUAUUUUCAGUACCCGGAGCAUCACUGCCCUUUGGAUCUCAUUAGUGUUUAGCUCGUGUGGAGUUUUGCUGCUUGCGCUGCGUUUAACGGCCUAAACGAAUUUAUUCUUUAGUUGGCCGAAUGUGUACACACAAUCUGAUGCGAGAGUAAUCUAGACUGUGUCCUCGUGCAAUCUGGUUCAUUUGGAAGCCGGACUCAUAAUAAUAGUUGUUUCAUGGGAUCUUGGCAUCCGCCGUCGGCCGUCAUCUUCCGUACCCUGGACUGAUCAACCCCCAGCGACCAAUUUUUUGUCACACCGAGCCUGAUGCGUGGUUCCCGUUUUCUUACGCGGAUACACCUUACUGGCUCGAUACCACUGUAGCUCCUCCCGUCUGUACAUAGCAGCUUUGCCAAAUCUGGUUAUAACGUCAGUGAAGCUUUGUGAGUCUUAAUUGAAAGAAGCUUCUAGUCCAUCGUUUUGUUGAUGGCGAACGCGGGGUUUCUAGUUCGCAACUUCAAAUUUCUUGUCAGAUCGUCAGUUUCCUGGUGAAUUUAUCGACGAAAAUUAGCUUGAACUGGCUGGGGAUAUCAGCCUGGCCGGUCGCCAUAUGCAACUUUUCUGAAAUCCUUUUUGACACAGGUUGUCUCGUCCAGGAGAAGAUAUCUUCUGUAGUUUGUUGUCUUGUUCGGUUGCUUUUGGACACAGAUUAAGCCGCAAAUUGAUUUUUCGAACGGAAAUUCGACUGGCGUCAUAUUUUUGUUGACAUCCUGAUCCGGGAAAGUCCUUAGUAGCUUCCAUAGUAGCCUCCCGCCUUAAAAUUCCAGAACGAUGGUUGCUUUGAACCUUCCGGGCAACACUCUUGCGCUCACAGCACUGAUUCAGAGCAUUUCACACGGUAGAUGCGGCAAUUUUUUUAUCUUUUCGCGUUAUGGCGAACUGACACGUCGGGUUUCUACACAGGAUUAAUUUUUUUUCUCGAAACAUUCACCAUUAAAACAUUUUUACUUUCAAAAAAUUCCGGACCCUAUCACAGAGAUGAUUUCGCUCAAAGUCUUCCACAAAGGACAGAAAUGACGCGUGGUGAUCUGAUUCUCAUAGGUCCAUAGAGCCGUCUGAGCUUGAUUACCUUGCCCAAGGGUAUGACACGAUGGAAUAGGACUCAAACAUCUGGGCAAAAUGUUUCCAUUUGUCGUUUUAGCGGCUUUUUCGAUUCUAAAAAUAUAACCAUGGGAUAUUAACCAAAUCGAAAUCUACAUUUUUGUCAUUUUAAAUUGGUUAGAUUUCCGUAAAAUCCACGAACAUGCUGAAACUAGCUAGUGCUAACCAAAUUGGGGCUUUCGUAAAAUAAGUCGAUUUUAAUAGAACGUAUUUUCCUGAAUGUAUUCAAGCUUUUCGUCUUCACCGUAACGCUGGAAACUUUGGCAAUGAUGUACCGAACGUGCAAAAGGACAACCUUUUGUAAUAGACACAGACCAACCGAGCACAGCAUUGCCGAAGCCUUUGGCAACACUUUUCUUUUGAAUUCAACCGGAAGAAUAAAUUUGGAUUACAACAUUUUGGCUAACACACCACAUUUUGGGACGAAUGGUAAAUUUUCAACACACAUACAUAUAUAAAAAAACUAAGUGCGAUGCCAGACCAUCGGCGUCGUACGAAUAACGGAUUGGACACAGACACACACGUGCAAAUCUAAGCGAACGUACCGAGCGUACGAAACCAACUUCAACCUCCCCACAAACGAAUCUAAGCCGACAGUCGAUUGUUACUAUAAUACGCUCUCCGGUGUGCUAUAGUAAUAGUAAAAAAAAACAACCAAACAUAUGCAUCAAUAGUAAACAAACAAUAGCAAUGGAUAUCUCUCACAACUACACAGACAAACAGUUAUCGAAUUGAAAUGAUUAUUGCUGCUACAAAAGUUGAUAAUAAAUCUUCACACUGCAAUAGUUAAAUCGAAAAAUAACAACUACAAAUGCAUGAUUUAAUCAGAUCAUUCACAGAUUUUCGUAAAAAAAACUACAAUAGCCUGGUUAUACGCGGAAGAGCUUGCCUCUUCCGCCUGUUUUCCACUGCACACACACACAUAUUCACAUUCAAACAAAUGCACACAUUUUCUUUCAAAUCUAUCUGUUACUUUUCUAAGGCAGUGAUAAUUAUUACUAUAAGACGUUAUAACUGGAAUAAAAAAAACCCCUUUCACACACACGAUCCCCCGAAAAAAAAAAACAAAAUAACACAAUACAUUUACACACUCCUACAAUAGAAUAAUAACGCUGCAGAAAGUGAAAAAAAAACAAAAGCAUACAAACAAUCGAGGGUUUCCUCGGACAAUAUCCACGCUCGAGGCACCCCUUGAUUGACAAUAGUUGUAAAGAAAAAAAACACAAAAUGUGGAAAAUUUUACAGUAAGAAUUCAAUUUAAUUAACUCACAAAUAUAAGGUAACAGAAGAAAAAAACGUACUAAAAUUCGUGUUAAAAUAAUUCCAAUUCUUUUACAAUAGCAAAGCAAACAGAGAACUACACACAAACAGAUAAAAGAAAACAAGGACAUGUUGCUGGAAGAAAGAUAGUGAAAGAAAACAAAAAAUUAAUAUACAGAAGAAGAUGAAAAACAAAAUGUCGCUUAUUGAUUCUCGAUUUCGGAGAGCCCGACCGAAGCAGGCAGGCAGGCAGGACGGACGGACCGAUACAAGGCGUUUAACGCGCACAACUCUUGUUGAACUGUUGUGGUCUCUUCAUUCCGUUUCAGAAUUAGAGUGUGAGACAGAAAAAUAGGAAGGACGCCGCAAAGGUUGUAAGUUUAAGGACAGAAUCAAAUUCAAACACUCACCCACACAUAAUCAGAUCAGAAUUUAGGUUUUUCGGGUUUUAAUUUGUGUGUCCGUAGAAUUAGUUGAAUGUUGAUUACGUAAGAAGAACAGUUUUGGAUUCAAGAGGCGCCGGAACUCAGUUAUGAGAGAGUGAAUUGGUGUGUGUGAGAGAGAGAGUGAUAGAGUUCUAGCUCUAUGUGCGGAAUGCGUUAGAGGAUUAGCAGGUAACACUUUUCUUGUUGAGCAUAUUUUUCUAUACAGUCAAGCAAUUUUUAGAUGAAAUAGAAACAGGACGCCGGAAAUAUAUUACAAUAGAUAUGAACGCAAACGUCAAGAUCGUCGCGAGUCGUUUGUUUUUCAGAUUUUUCCUCAGUGUAGUAUCGAUAUAAUCUUGAGUAUCUGCUAGAACAACAACAACAAAUAACAAUAACAACAAAUGAAACAACUAACAAAUCUAAGAUGGCUGCCUGAAACAAUAAGAUAAAAUACAUAGAAUCAUAUAAUCAUAGCAAGCACAGCUCCAUAAUUUAAACCGAAAACACUUGACACACACACUUUCCCAUAACCCAAACACAAUCACACACACACACACACACACACACACUCAAGUAGCACACAACCUCACCCACACUGGCGCGCUGGGCGGAGUUCGAUUCUCUAGCACCAGUGUUGCCAUAAUCUCAGUAAAAGAUAACACGCCUCUAAUAAUAGACAAAGCAAAAACAAUAAAAAAAACUGUUCGAUGAUACUUGACUACUUUUAAUUUUUUUUACUGUUUCGCGGUAGAAAGCGACAAAUUUUACCACCAUAAAUGUGCCAGAAAGAGAAAUAAAACACAGAAACAAGUUAGAGUUCGUACGUAUAUAUUUUUGAUCGGAACCUAUUUCCGGCGGAAAAGCGGGGACAAACAAACAAACAAACGCUUUCGAAAGGUUUUUGUUUUUCCUGAACUGAAACAUUUCACAUACAUACACGGACACGGAUUCUUGUGUUUUGCGCGAAACCUGUAUCUCAGUUAUUUUCUAAGAAGACACAAUCUUACACAUGUCCCCAAGCAGAAUCAAGAACAUGUUAUGAAACUAGAAAAAAAAGACACAGAGAAACACAUUAGGAAAAUCGUGUUGAGCAAAAUGCCUUAUAACUUAUUAGUGAAGACGAGAAGAGAAGGAAAAAAAAGGAAACACUAAAUUAAAAAAAAAAAAAAAAAAAAAACAUUGUACAGGCCAAUAUGUGGUGGUGCACGAAACUGAUUACACGCCACAACGUUUCGGGGCUCUAAUGUUCAGUACUUUUGGUUGAAACGAUGCGCGUAUUUUGUAAACAUAUUUCGGAAACUCCGAACAAAGAACAAACAACCAAAAAAAAAUGUGCGUAGGUGUAACUAGACAUCUAACCACGACUAGAAAAAGAAUGGUCGAUUUAUCUGUUUUCAAUGUCCAGAAAGGUUAGGAAUCAAAAUUAAAACUUAUCAAAAAUAAAACCAAAGGAACAAAAAACCGUGUCAUCGCUGAACGCAACCAACUACUUUUAUAGAUAUAGAAAUUUAUCGAAAUUGAUUUCAGUGUCUGAUAUAGAUAUAUACAUACUAAACAAAAAAUACGUCAAAACUGAACUGCUUACUACUUUGGGGAUAUUCUUUCCAGUACAAGUAAUUCUUUCUUCGUUCCGAUUGAAUAGUUGAAAGCAAGGUUUCAUACACACGCUGAAUUAUCUGAAUAAAGCAAAACGGCAACUCUAGUGUAAAGCUGAAUUGAAUAAAUUUGUUCCACACACACACACAUUCGUCCUAUCACAUGAUUAGGAAAAUAUUUAGACAACUAUUAUUUGUAGGCAAACUUGUGGAAUUGCAAAACGCACGGUGUCCCUCACUAAUCAGUUCCUUAGCACUAGAGUACUAAGAGAACAAAAUCAGAUCCCCAGCAUCGAUUCGCGUAACCUUACCAAGAGUGUCUACUCCAAAUUUGAACCAAAUCGGACAAUUUACAGCAGGAAAAAAACCAUUUUACAUUGACAAAACCCACUUACUCGCAUUUCUACCGUUAGAGAGCGUUGUAUACGAUAAGAUGAUUACCAAUUGUUAGAAUCACAAGGAUAAUUUUGGGGUGUACAACUUUGUCGAAGGUGGAUAAACGAUUCCGCUUCGGAAGGAAAAGUUAUUAAACUUUCAACGAAGCGAUGCUUGAGUUAGUUUUGCAAAGGGCCUAACAGCACAAAGAGAUGAAAGUUUCAAGUAUCUAUCUCCACGAGUUUCAUAUUAGUGGACAUGUUCAGAAGAACGACUAAAAAUUGGCUAUUGCACAACUUUGCUGAAGACGCCUUAUUUCUAUUUCACUCCCCUGAAAAGUUAGCGUUGGCGCAAUCUACGCGGCGAAAUGUGGAACUAAAAUGGUCGAACCAAAAGAUCGCUCAUCUUAUACGAUACAAUACUUCCGACCGUUUCAUACAAAUAAAAUUAUAUUUUCUCUGCGAAACUUAUUAGUUUGAAGACAAUUUGUCUGAGCUUGUGGUAGUUUUGCACAGGGCCUAACAGUGCAGAGUAGUUCGGGAAGUCGAUUUCCACGAAUUUCUUACCAGUUUUGCGAAAAUACGACCGGGCUUAGUUUAACAGUGUAUUUGGAAGAAUUUUAACCCUCAAAAAGGCAACCGGGUCCCAGAGGCCCGGCACGUUACAAUUUUUUAGUUACAAAAAAAUGUGUAUGCAGUAUAAGCUUGGGCAUGGAAAUUUUGAUAAGUAGCUUCGAAAUCUAUAACAAAAAUAAAGAAUUGUGAAAUUUUCAUCUAUGGAGUGAUGCGCAGCUAUGUUUGAAUUUUUUACAUGCACAAAAAGGCAAGCCGGGCCUGGCAGGCCCGGUGUGCAUGCAAUAUUUACUAGGAAUACCACGAGUUUUAUACAUUAAUAUUUAUCUGGAAAAAACAUUUUGAUGAGUUCAACUUCAUAUU